AUGAAAAUUAUUUUAUUUUUGUUUGCUGUGAUUCUCUUGAAGGUAUUCUCAGCUCCGACUGAAACAACAACUAUAAAAUCUGUACCAGAGUGAGUAAAAGACUGUGCGGCAGUAGGCCACGCCCACUGCUUGAUUGUUUUCAGAGUUGCUUUCAUUCUCGGCCCACGAUUCUCGUCACAGGAGCUCUUGAAGCUCUCAAUAAACUGAAGAAUUUUGCGAUGGGAACUUUGCAAUUCGGAACUGAUGUUGUGAAUGGUGAUGAUAAAGAUGUUAAGGAUCUAGAGUGAGUAACUAUAUUUUGCUGAUAUUUUUUAAGAUUUUUAAGAUUACAGAACUUUGAAAAAUGCGACAAAAGAAGCGAAACGGCAUGUGAUUACAAUAUUUCUUGGGUUUUGA